AUGUCGAACAUUACAGAGGUCACCCUACCAACAGGCAAAAAGUACUUCCAACCAACGGGUUUAUUUAUCAAUAAUGAAUUUGUUACUGCAGCCAGUAGACGCACAUUUGAGACUCUCAAUCCAGCCACCGAAACCCCGAUUUGCUCGGUUCAAGAAGCCGAUGUAAACGAUGUCGAUAUUGCUGUAAAUGCAGCCCGCAAAGCUUUUCAACGUGACUCUCCAUGGCGUCAAAGAACGCCUCAAGAACGUGGAAGGCUCCUCUUUAAACUAGCCGAUCUCAUGGAGGAUAAUGCAGAUGUGCUGGCAAACGUAGAGAGUCUUGACUGUGGGAAAGCCUUGCCCUUUUCAAAAGGUGAUGUUCAAGCUUCGGCCGAUGUUUUCCGGUAUUAUGCAGGGUGGACAGAUAAAAUUCUCGGUCAAACGAUGGAUAUCAGUAAUGAUCGAAUGGGAUGCACUAUAUAUGAGCCGAUCGGCGUUUGCGGCCAAAUUAUCCCGUGGAACUUCCCCUUGCUAAUGCUAUCGUGGAAAGUCGCACCAGCUAUAGCAUGCGGCUGUACUAUUGUCAUGAAAACUGCAGAACAAACUCCGCUUUCCGCUUUGAUCUUCGCAGAACUAGUCGUGAAAGCUGGUUUUGACAAAGGAGUUGUCAAUAUUAUCAGCAAUUAUUAUGGCCCCAAAGCAUCAUUGAUAGGACCAAGACUGACUCGGGAGCAGGUGGAUAAAAUAGCCUUUACUGGAUCAACAGCCACUGGUCGUUCCAUCCUCCAUGCUGCUGCGUCGUCGAAUCUGAAGAAGACAACACUGGAGCUCGGCGGUAAAUCACCGCAGAUCAUUUUUGAUGAUGCAGACUUGGAAGAUGCAGCGAAAUGGGCUGUUGAAGGAAGUUUUGCCAAUCACGGACAGAAUUGUGCUGCAGGAUCGAGGAUAUAUGUCCAGUCUGGGGUAUAUGAUCAAUUUAUUUCUCUAUUCAAAGAGCAGAUGCAGCAGAUUAAAGUCGGCGACCCCUUCGGGCAAGGUACAUAUCAAGGACCGCAAAUCUCUCAAGAACAGUUUGAUAAAAUUAUGGGCUAUAUUCAAUCUGCUCGGGAUGAAGGUGCAACAAUCGAAGUGGGGGGUCAACGAUUUGGGAAUAAAGGAUACUUCAUCAACCCAACAGUGAUUACAAAUGGACACAAGGACAUGAAGGUGGUGCAAGAAGAGAUCUUUGGCCCAGUCGUCGUUAUCGCAAAAUUUGAGAGUCUGGAAGAAGUCAUCGAUCUUGGAAAUGCCACUCCAUUUGGCCUUGCAGCCGGAGUACACUCAAAAGACAUGAAGCAGGCUUGGAAAGCUGCUAAAGGCCUCGAAGCUGGAUCUGUUUACAUGAAUUUCUACAACCGAGUCCACCCCCAAAUGCCAUUUGGUGGAUACAAACUCAGUGGAAUAGGAAGGGAACUGGGAGCUUAUGCUCUAGAGAAUUACUGUCAGGUCAAGAGCAUUCAUGUCAAUAUCAACAUGGCUGCUCCUGGUUUUAAACUAUAG